CUAUAGAGACUUUCUGAUUGUAGAUCAUAACAGAGCCGGUGAACCGGCGGGUUGUUAUGGGGGGAAACUCGAGCGCUUAUUUUGGAUUUACUGUAAUUUAUAACAUAUUUAUUCAUCUAAAACGUUGUUUUUGUGGUUCCUAAAGAUAACCCAGUAAACAGGGCGCUGUUACAGCUGUCUGAGGGAAGAAGCGGGGCGCUUUUAAACUGUAAAUUGGGAGAUUUCUCCUUUUUAACCCAAUAUGUUGUGUUUACCUUAAAUCUGGGGCUGUUAUUUAAAGAAUGAUCAGGACUCUUUCCAAAGAAGUUCAAGCGAAGCUGCGUUCUGGCGUCGCUGUUUUCUCCCUGCAGCAGUGUGUGGAGGAGCUUGUUCUGAACAGCAUUGAUGCUGGAGCGACAUGCAUCGCUGUGAAGAUCGACAUCGAAGCCUGCAAAGUUCAGGUGAUAGACAACGGCUCCGGGAUGAGCCGAGAGGACAUGGAGAAGGUGGGGACGAGGUACUGCACCAGCAAGUGCAGCUCGCUGGAGGACCUGGAUGACCUGAGAUUCUAUGGGUUCAGAGGGGAGGCCAUUGCCAGCAUCGCCUCUCUUUCUACCUUGGUGGAAAUAUCCUCACAGACCAAGGCGUCGGUGAAAACGUUCGUUAAAACCUUUAAUGAAGGCAGGGGGUCAGGCGUUUGCGAGGUGCAGGAUACCCGUCCGUCACCCGGGACUACGGUGCUGAUCUGCAACUUCUUUCAUAACAUGCCGGUCAGGAGGAAGAGGAUGGACUCUGUGCUGGAGGUUGAGCGUCUUCGGCAGAGAGUGGAGGCCAUAUCCCUGAUGCAUCCGUCCGUAUCGUUCACUGUGAAGAAGGACUGCUCGGGGACCAUGCUGGUGCAGCUUCCCAAAGCCAGGAAUACCUACUACAGGUUUGUUCAGAUCCAUGGAUUGGGAAGAGCUCAGAAGCUCAGAGAGGUGAACUUCACUCACGGACAGUUUGAGAUGACUGGAUCGAUUGGGCGCGAGGGUCAUUACAAAAACAGCCUGCAGUUUUUGUUCGUAAACAGCAGACUCGUGCUGAAAACACGCCUUCACAAACUACUCAACUGCCUGCUCAGGAAACUGAGCAGCUCUAGCAACCAAAACAACAGUCCCAAUGCCUCUGCUGUCACCUCCAGCCCCAAGCAAAGAGGAGGCGCCGAUUCACACGGCGUUUAUGUCAUCAACCUUAAGUGCCCCUACUCUGAGUAUGAUGUUUGCCUGGAGCCGGCAAAGAGUCUUAUCGAGUUCAGAGAUUGGGACGCUGUCCUCUUCUGCGUCGAGGAAGGCGUGAAAUCGUUUCUCACAAAGGAAAACUUGGUCUCAGAAUUUUCUGUGAGUGACGCCCAAACCUUUGCGAGUGUUUUUAGCGACCCAACAGGCAGUAGUAGCCCAUGCAGUAAAGCGACGGCACAGUCGCGGGACAAAGAGUCGACAGUGUGCGAAAGUGACUUAAACGGAAAUAUGACUCAGGUUAACUCAGGUGAUCAAACGGAAAGUGUCCAAAAUCUAAGUUUCGACCAAAUUUUUGACAGAGGGUCCUCAAAUGCAGAGUCUGCGGCAGGUUCAGAAGCAGAGGCAGAAAGUAAAGAAGUUCAGAGUGUUGAAAAACCUUCGCUGCAGAGAGAUCUCGAAGAUUACGGGAAUUCGCAAGACUUUGAAACGAGUGUCCAUGACCUGCAACUUAUUGAUACCCUCAGCAACAACAGUACAAUGACACAUCAGGAAUUUACGCAAAGCAAGGUUGCCGUAAUUGGUCCUAACGAAGCUCAGGACAGUUUGAGAAGAUUUGCAGAGCCUAACAUCUGCUGUGCACCAAAGAGAAAACUGUCCUUGCUCCAAACUCAGAGUUUGUGCUUAGAAAGUGGCGUUGGGCCCAAAAUGGCAAAGGUCGCGCCACGUCGCAAAUUAACACUGGCUUUUGAAACGGGAUCUCUUGACAAGUUCAAGAGGAUGUACGGAAAAUCUUCCGAACGUCAGUCUGUGGAAACACAAAUCGCUAAUGCUUUACAACCUUCAGACUGUGUAUUAUCUUCUGAAGGUCCUGCAUUGCCUGCUUUACAAGGUACCGGCGUCAGUUCACUCAUCUUUGAGCCUGAACAAGUCGAAAAGACUGAAAAGACUCAUUCUGAGAACUUCUUAAUCAAAAAAGACAGUAUGCUUACACUUUCUGCUUACAGCCAAACGAAAUGUUCAACAUCAGCCAGCUCAAGGACUAAAAUAUCAUUAGCUGCAAAGCUCUCGCACUUAAAAUGCGACAAGAUAGUUCAGAAGGAGAAAACACCUUAUGAAGAAGGAACCUUUGAUGAUACCAGAAAUGAAGAAACUACCUCUGUAACCCAACAUGCUCAACGUGCAGCAGACUCUGAGGAGACGUUUGAAGACUCUCUGUCUCAGUUUAAAACUUCAGAGGACACUGACGGUUCUUCAAAACAAAUGACUGAGACAAAUGAUCCAAAUGAACCCACCCACAAAUUCACUGUUCCCAAUUUACCUAACCCAUCAGCUGGAGACGCUCUAAAAAGAGUUUCUGAACUUAUGACUUCCUCAGAGCCAGCUAUUCCCUCAGGACACGUAAUUAACCCUGCAUCACAACAUGAGCCUCUGCCCACCCAAACAGGAAAUGAGGUCCAGGCUCCAGACGAAAGUCCGGGCGAUGAAAGUGAUGUGCCGGCCCCGGUGUCGAGUGACUGGAGGACACAUUACGACGACUCUCUGGGAAAGUUGGUCUACAUCAAUCAGGUGACCGGACUCAGUACAUACGAAGCUCCAUCACUGGAGGAGAAUCCCGUACCCUGCUCCAAAGAUGUCACCAAUAUGGCGGUCAGCGUUGUUUCUAAAACAGGGUUUGAGUACAGGUGCUACCCGUUUCAGACAGAUAUUGUACUGCCCUUUCUCCCCAAACCCAGCGCAAUAAGAGCCUUAGCUUCCAGCGUAGGCUGCAGAGAUGAGCUCCAGGGUCCUGGUUCACUUUCUGCUCUCUUCUCGGAGUGGAAUAACCCAGUGUUCGUACGACCCCCUCAAGUGGCUGUUGACGUGACCAGUGUACAGGGAGAAGGCCUGGCUGUGAAAAUCCAUAACAUCCUUUUUCCCUAUCGCUUCACUAAGAAUAUGAUCCACUCUAUGAAGGUUAUUCAUCAAGUAGACAAGAAAUUCCUCGCCUGUCUUAUAAACACAACAGACCAGGAGAGCACAGAGACGAGUCAAGGAAACCUGCUGGUGCUGCUGGAUCAACACGCUGCACAUGAAAGGGUUCGCCUGGAGGGGCUUCUAACAGAGUCGUAUGAAGAUGAUCCAGAGACUCCAGGUAAAAACAGGCUGUGCUCCUCAGGUGUGAUUCCUCCUCUGGAGAUCAGUGUGAGCGAGGAGGAGAUCAGACUGUUAAGGUUGUAUCAGUCUUCUCUAAGAGAUCUGGCUCUAGAGAUGAGCUUUCCCCCAGCAGAUCCCUCACACGUGCUUCUGGAGCGACUCCCCACCUGUUUUAUUGAGAAGGAGAACACAGAGCAGCGGCGCGGCCGACGCACCGUCAUCAAGUCUCUCUCAGAGGAAUACUUGCGGGAGCACAUUGAGUUUCUGCAGUCGGCAGGAAGAGUGAGGAGCUCUGUGCCUCUCACCGUCCACAACGUCCUCGCUUCACAAGCCUGUCAUGGAGCAAUUAAAUUCAAUGAUGUUUUGAGUAAAGAGGAGUGCUGCAGUCUGGUGGGAUCCCUCUCAUCCUGCCAGCUGCCCUUUCAGUGUGCCCACGGCAGACCCUCCAUCGUCCCUCUGGUUGAUCUUCUUCACUUAGAGGACGAGCAGGACCUUCCAAAACCGAACCUCAAGAAACUGAGAAGAAUGUACAAGGCAUGGCAGCUUUAUGGACAGAAUUAAUUUAUGCAAAAUAUGAAUUUCAGGAAAGAAGAUGCACUUUACAAUUUUACAUUAAAUUAUUUGUUUUGAUAAA